AUGGCGCCGAAGAAGCGGAAGCUGCCAAGCACCCGAGCCAGGACCCAGCGCGUGGUCGAGCGGGACGUGCUCACCGAGCGCGUGCCAGACUUCGUUAGGUCUUCCAGGGACGCGGCAGAAUGUCUUUGUGGCGCUUGCUUGCUGCCCAUCGAGGAGGAGAAGGUUGGAGCGAUCGACAACUGCACACAUCUUUUCCACUACGAGUGUGUCGAGAAGUGGUCGCAGACAGAGAACAGCUGUCCACAAUGCAAAGUGCGUUUCUUCUGGAUGGCAGGUUAUGGGGCGGAUCAGAGACUUUCCCUGAGCAAGGUGGAAAGCAAAGAUCAGGAAGAGCAGGAGGAGGAGGAGUUCGAAGAGAUUUCCAUUUGUGAGCGAUGCAAGGAGGCAGGAGACGAAGCAAAGCUUUUGCUUUGCGAUGGGAUGCACGGCACGUGCAAUGCCACCUUCCAUUACACCUGCGUAGGGCUCUCUGCAGUGCCUCGAGGCUCCUGGUUUUGCCCAGACUGCCUGGAGCGCGGCUUCGACGUGGACGCAAGAGGCCACCGCGGCGGUGGCCGCGGCGUGCGCAGCGACGUGGCCGCGGUGACUUCCGUGCCGCGGGCGGAGACGGCGGUGGAGCCCAAUUCUCUCAGCAAGCGAAAGCGCCGGCGCGUGUGGUGGCGUGCUUGGACCACAGCCACCACACCCGGGCGGCCGAUGUCGGGGCUGCACCGCUUGGGCGUGGACGUGAACCCCUUUGGCUCCAAGUACCAGGAGCGCUUCGGCGGCCACGCGGCAGGGCAAGGCCAGAGGACCUAUACGAAGCCCUCCUACACGCUCUUCGUCACGGGCAUCCCCGAUGCCGAGUCCUCGGACAGCGUCCAGUCCGUCUUCGAGUACGACGACGGCUUCUUGCAGUGCCGGCCGGUGGGCCACAAGUCUCGGAGGAUGGUCUUCGUGGACUACGAUACGAUUGAGCACGCCACGAAGGCCCUCCGAGCGCAUCAGGGCUGGAAAUGGGAGCCGGUCGACGAAGGGCUGAAGAUUGACUAUGACCAGGAUGCGCGCCGGAAGCGGAACUGCGCUUUGGACCUGGGGCUUUACGAGAAGUUCUGGGCCAUCGGCGAGCGGAAGCCACCCCAGGAGAGCGAGAAGGAGAUGUUCGCUCGCUUGAAGGCGGAAGCAGACCUUCCAAAGACCGAGUCCAAGAUUUCAAAGGCACAUGGCCAGGCGAGCAAAGGUCGGGGCACUGGCAGUUUGGGUGCCAAGAUCCAAAUCAAGAACAAGGAGCCCAAGGAGACGGAGACGUCGGCGGCUGCACCGGGUGCGGCGACGGAGCCGGCGGCACCGAGUCUUCUUGUGAACUACAGCUCCGACAGCGAGGAGGAAGCUCCUGAGACUGCCACGAAGCGUCCGCGAGCGGAGUGAGGACGGACGAGGCGGAGUGAGGACGGCAGUAUCUGGAAGUCGGCUGGAAGAACGUGGAAGAGUUUGAUGAAGAACCCCUGCAUGGGAUUGGACUCAAAGCUUUUGAUCAAGCUGAGAUCGCCAAAGAUGACGUUGUUUUCGUUCAGCCCUGUCAGUGAGGGGUUGGCCUGUCCAAAAGGUGAAGUCGGCAAAGCCAGCACCUCUUGAGAAACCUCUUCUCUGCGGCAGUUCAUAGCGACGAUCGACUGCCGAACGACUUGAAACGAUGCAUGACGUCUCGAACGUUGCGACGGCCGGCUGGAGCUAAUUUGGACAUCUUUGGAACAUGGCGAUCGUUUCGGUCCGGACAUGGAGGACCUGUGACCUGUGUCCGCCUGCCAAAAGGGAGUGAUUCUGCAAUGAUAUCAUGCAUGCCUCCGAAAAACCAUCAACCACGAACAGACAGUUACUGCAUGUUACUGCAGUUUAAUACAUGUUCAAAACAUGUUAACUUGAUGUGAAACUCGGUCUACGCAUCUUUUCCCCCAGGAGUUUUACAUUUGGCCCUCAGCUUUU